GUCACAGACAAGAAUUUUACUGCCUCCAUGCAGCAAAGACAUUCUAAGAAAACCUAUUAAGUUUAAAGCAUUUUGAAGAAAAUUCAGCGACCUAAGUAGAAGUUUAGAAGAGCAAACCAAAUAUAGCUAUACAAAUGGCUCCCGGCAAAUUGGGUGUGGCAUUCUCAGGUGGUGGAAUCCGGUCUGCGGCCUUUUGUUCCGGUGUUCUGCGCAGGCUCCUGACGAUGAAAGCAGAGCCUGAUUACUUGAGCUGCGUGUCUGGCGGAGGUUACACUGGAAGUGCUUACGUCGAGUGGAAAUACCGAAAAGGAAACACUACAGAUUGGACUGAGAAAUUCUUUGAAAAUAUGAGAAAGCGAGCAGGCUAUUUCUGCAAUUGUCAAAGCGUUAAGGGGGUCUUUGACUCCAUGAUUUUAUUUUCCUUGCUCUUUUUUCUUACUAUGAUUAUCCCAAUUGUUGGUUGGGGUUCUUUCGCCAUCCCAAUUGCUUUCAUCAUCAAACUUCUGUAUGGGAGGUUUCUUGUCGGUUCACUGUGUAGACACGACGAUGAUAGCACAGAUUGUGAAAAACGCGCUGUCUUUUUUUCGGUCGCAUUGGGUGUCCUUAUUCUCUUUCAUUUGCUCGAAUACUUUCUUAAAUCCUGUGGCGAGAAUAAGAGAAAUUACAUGAAGAUGAAGUGGGCUAUGUUAGUUAUAAAAAUAGGUCAGCUAACUUCUGGUGCAACGUUUGCUUUCACUUUUCUGCCAUGGUUUAUCAACGACUCCCUAAAAUAUCUGCCUGGUUUUAUCCAGAUCCUCAUAAUUGUUAUCACAGCAGUUUUUUGGUUUUUUGUUCCACUUUUGCGAAAGUACUCUUCUCUGGUGAUUCUGAUAUAUUCUUACUCCUAUGUCGUGUACUGGCACCUGUACGAAAGCGAUUUUUCCAAGUUUAAGUAUACAAAAGAGAAAUUCGCGUUGUGUUUUUAUAUCUCUUUGGCCAUAUUAUCGGUAUUCUCGAUUCUUGGAGAUAUUCCGCUUCGCUUGGUCUACAUGUACAACAGAUGGAGAUUGCAGAAAGCCUUUUUCUACCACGACGGGAAAGAAACAACUUGCUUCCCUUUUUGCUGUGACCAAGAGAACAAGCUUUGUCAUUGCCUGUUGGAUAUUCCAAAUUCCUGUGGUUGUGGGGAAAAUUGCUGCAAUUUCUGCAAAUAUGAAGAACAAUGCUGCUAUUGUUAUGAUCUCUUCCCAGGUGGUCACUGUCCAUACUGUCCAUCGUGUUGUUGUGCGACUUGCACGUGUCCGCCUCAAAACAAUCAAGACAUUCCAAACAACCAGCAUAACAACGGUCCGACACUGAAGCACCGAGCAGUGACAUUAAGAGACCUGGAGGAAAUGAAACCAGAAUUCCUAAGUAGUAUGGUGGUCAAUGGUUGGCGCAGAAAAUAUGAUCAAAAAUAUUGUUUUCUCACCAUGAGCCCUAAAGGCAUUUCUGUGAUCGACCAGCAGCCACAAACCAAUCAAUCUGGUCCUACGACGUCCCAACCUUCACAAGACCUAGAGCUAGACGAAUUUAGAAACAGUUGUUUAAAUGGCAAAGUUUUUGAAAACAAACUGAACCCCAGCGAUAUUAAAUUAUCUUCGGCAAUGGCACUGUCUGCUGCGGCCCUCUCGCCCUAUCUUGGCAAGCAUGAAACGGAAGAACAGACGUUUACCCAUAUCUUGACCUUGCUCGGAAUGGAGAUGGGUGCGAAUCAUGUUUAUGACAUGACAAGUGAAAGAGAAGGUGAUUGUAAUUGGCUUCGGUUAUAUGCUGCAAACAUGUUCGUAUCUCUUUUAAUCGGUGCUGGAGGAUUUGGACUAUGGAAAUUGUUGGAAUCGCAUAGUCAGGGUCUACCUGUGCUCACGACAGUAGCUGUAGUAGGAGGGGGAUUUGUGUUGCUGUUGUUGGUACUAUUUGUCAUGAUGUGUUGUGUUUGCUGUGAGUCAGGCCAAUCAAGCGAAGAUGGAAGAAAUUCAUCAAGUCGAAGCAAAUGGUUUGUUGUGCACUUGCGCAUUUGUCGUUUCAUCAUGUCGCUUUUCAAUUUCAUUCACGAUGGCCCACAACCUCCGGCAAUGUUACAUCUAAGUGAUGGUGGCCAUUUUGAAACCUAUGGUCUCUUGCCUCUGUUAAAAUUGCGAUUGCCGAGGAUCCUUGUGGUGGAUGGUUCGUACAUUGGAUCUGACGAUGACUACGCCAGGCAAAUCAUACCGAUAUUGGAGCAUGCGCGUGAGAUAUUGGAUUGCUCUUUCACUGCAAAUGUGGAAGAAGAUGAUCAUGAAUCAGAUGAUGUGUUGCAUGAUAUAAAGAAUAAGUAUGUCCAUCCAGAAGGUGGGAGAUAUCCAAGAAAGUAUGAAUUCAAAGUUCGUUACUCUAAUAAGGGCCGCAAUAAAAAUUCCAAGGACGAGGGCCACAUUGUCCUAAUUGCUCCGCGUUCUCCAUCCACGGUCGUAAAGGACGAGGGAAAGGACGAGGGAAAGGACAAGGGAAAGGACAAGGGGGGCAAGGAAAGGACAAGGGAAAGGACGAGGGAAAGGACAAGGGAAAGGACAAGGGAAAGGACAAGAAAACCUGGAAAGACGAAGGAGAGAAUCUUGACAGCAAAUGGGGCAAGGGACCGACGCUCACACAAGAAGAUAUCGAAAGAGUUUCCGGUUUUCCUGUGGGUUUGGGUUGCUGUGAUUGUUGGAGUUGUUGCUCAUGCCAGUCUUGCUGUGCGAAUUGUUUAUCCUUUCCUCGUCAUACAACUGGAAACCAGUUUUUCACACCUAGUUUGUUCACUGUUUAUCACAGAGAAGGAUACAGAGCGUGUAUGGAAUGUGACAAGUUCUUGAAACCUGAAACAACGAAGUAAAUUCUUCCUAUAACUCAUUAUUGUUUUACAAACCAGAAAACUCGGUAUUCACUGUGUAUUAGAUAGAAAAAGCUCGUGUAUUAAAUACAAACCACUGCUUUUCCUCCUGGGAAAAGCCAUCAAGGUUGAACAUAUUAAGCAUCGAUUAUGUCCCCACAAUCCAUUAGCAGGAAGAAAUGUCCAAUCGAUAUUUUACUCCAUUGCUUGUGAAACCGAGAUCCAUUAUCGAUAGGUCAGUAUUAAGGUCAAAUAUUGCAUUGCAAGUUGCGAAGUUGCAAGGAAAGUUGCAUAGUACAUGGAUUAUAUUGUAGCAAAUUACAAUGACGAAAAACACAUCUUCAAAAAGUUUUGCUGUGGGCAACUGUGAAUAGUUUUCAUCAAAAUAUGCGUGUUUCAUAUCAUAUAAUAUACGAAAUAUACGUGUUUCAUAUAUUAGGUAAAUCAAGAUACGUGAAUCUGGAAAUAAAAAUUCGCGGGAUUUCAACGCCCUAUAUACAUUUUCCAUCACUCACACGCCGUGUAACUGAUCCGUCAUCACUGUACCGCAAAAAUACAAUGAUUGGCCUGUGAUCCGUAAUUUCUGUGCAAGAGGUUGCGUCUCGUGUGCUGCGGGCGUAAGUUGUUACAAUGAUU